AUGGGCAAGAAGCCGGUCGAGAGGGAGGAAAUCAGUACGAUCUUCAUGGUCGGCUUUCCGGACGAUAUCAGCGAACGCGAGUUUAGCAACAUUUUCACCUUCGCCCACGGGUUCGAAGCCGCUUCCCUGAAAUUCCCCAACGCACCCUCGAAUGCGAGUCCGAGCAAGAGGGAUGGAGACGAUGCGAAGGAUGACGACGAAUCGAUGAUUGGUGGGACCGGGGGCGACCCUGUUCGUGCGCUCUCUGCAGCCGCGGCAGCGGCUCUCGGUCUUGGAUUGGGCCAGAACUCGACAGCUUCGUCCUCGACGACGUCUCUUGUCGGCAUGCUAAACUCUGUCAAUCGGGGACCGCCUCGUCGACAAGUGAUAGGUUUUGCCAGGUUUCGUACGAGGGCAGACGCCUUGGUCGCGCGGGACACGCUUCAAGGUAGAAAGAUUGACGUCUUUUCCAGCGCCACCCUCAAAGUCGAGAUGGCGAAAAAGAACCUCCACUCACGGAGAGGUUUCGGA